UUAUGACACUGAGUGAUAGAUUCUUAUGUCUGUGGAUUACCUUGUGCUGAACAAGAACAGAGAUAACUUUUCCAUGUGUUAUAAUCUGCACACUCUAAUUUAGAUCUGGACUCUAGAUCUAGAUCUUUUUUGUUUAUUCCAGAGACACUAGAGUCUAAUCUAGAUUUAAAUUAGAAUGAGUUCAUUACCACAAAUCAGAGUUCUGACACUAAAUCAGGAUGAGAACAAUCAGUAUAAGCUCUAUAGAUUGGAGAAAGGUUGGAUUCUGCGCUUCGUGUUGGGACCCAGUUUGAUGGCAUCCAAUGUGAGACUGUUCUGUAACCAUCCAGACAACUUAAAUAGCUCUUACGACAGGAAGAAGUUUUAUGAAAUUCAUUGGAAAACUGUGACAGGCAUCAAGAGUGACAGGACGGACAUGAUCGCAGAUGUGAAGAUCAUCAUCCCAGGCUCCUUCAACUACUUCUUCACUAUUGACAAUUCAGUGAAGCAGGAGUCUAGCAAUGGUUCAGGCUAUUUCCUUGUGGACCCAACCUUGACAGCUGGUGAUGAGGAGAUUAACAUGGAUGCUAUUGUCUGUCAGAGUGUCAUCACCAAACUUCUAGGGCCAUUUAAAGAUUGGAUUCCUAGGCUACAGGUAGCUUAUGAAAGUGGCUAUAACAUGGUUCACUUUACUCCAGUCCAAGAGCUUGGUAUCUCUAACUCAGCCUACUCCAUUCGAGAUCAGCUUAAGUUCAGCCCAGUCUACAGCAAGGGAGAUACAAAACAACAUGAUUACUCAGAUUUGGAGAAGUUAGUGGACUACAUGAACAAGAACUGGAAGGUUAUGAGUCUCUCAGACUUGGUCUACAAUCAUACAGCUAAAGACAGUCCUUGGUUAUGGCAGCAUCCAGAGUGUGCAUUCAACCUUCAGAACUCUCCACACCUGAGGCCUGCUUAUGUAGUAGACAGGAUACUUGAACACUUUAGCCUGGAGGUCAGUAAAGGUCUGUGGGAGAAAGAUGGAAUUCCAGCUCAAGUCAACAGUGAAUAUCAUUUGAGUGCCAUUGGCCAUGCCCUGCAUCACAAAGUUUUCCCCCAGUACAGACUUCAUGAAUUUUUCUGCCUUGGUGUUGACAACAUUAUCAAAGAAUUUAAAAAGGCUAUUGAGAACAGCCCUAGCCCAGAUGACUAUACCGGUAAUGAAUUACACAUCAUUCAAGACCCAAACUAUCAUAGGUUCAAAUCAACAAUCGACAUGAACUUGGCUUUAAAGCUUUUCAACACUGAUAGCCCAAGAGUGAACUUUGGGCCUGGAGUGUUCUCAAGAGCUGAUCGAAUUGCUAAGUGCUGCGAAGCUCUGACUGAACACUUGAUUGUGCUGAAUGCCAACAAAGAGAGAGAGGUGCAGGACCACAUCAAGUGUGCCAUAGGAAACUUCAUCGCUAAUGCUAAGUGGCGCUUUGUCAACCCUGCUGGCCCGAAGAUCUCUCAAGUCACAGAAAAAGAACCACUGAUGCAUGGAUAUUUCAUCAUUCCCAAAGCACACGAAGGCAGUGUAGAGAAAGAGGAGAAGUUGUCCUACGAGGAACCAAGUCAUAUUAUGGCUUGCAAUGGAUGGGUAAUGGGAGAUGAUCCCUUAAGAAAUUUUGCUGAGCCAGGAGGUCGGCAGGUUUACUUGAGAAGAGAGUUGGUUGGCUGGGGAGACAGUGUGAAACUGAACUAUGGGAAGGAACCAAGGGAUUGUCCCUACCUGUGGCAAAGAAUGGAAGAUUAUACCAAGAUUUCUGCCAAGAUCUUUCAGGGUCUAAGGCUGGACAAUUGUCACAGUACACCCAUACAUGUUGCUGAGCACAUGUUGGAUGUGGCACGUAAAGUUCGUCCAAAUCUGUAUGUCAUUGCUGAACUUUUUACAGGAAGUGAACAUUUGGACAACUUGUUCAUGAACAGACUGGGAAUCAAUUCACUCAUCAGAGAGGCUCUUGUUGCCCAUGACUCUCAUGACCAAGGCCGGCUGGUUCACAGGUUUGGAGGUGACCCAGUCGGUGCAUUCAUCCAGCCCCGCAUCAAGCCCCUGGUGCCAUGUGUUGCCCAUGCCCUAUUUUACGACCAGACCCAUGACAAUGAGUGCCCCAUAGAGAAGCGGUCGGCUUGGGACCUUUGGCCAACUGGGGCCAUGGUGGCCAUUUCAAACUGUGCUAUUGGAAGUAACAGAGGCUAUGAUCAGAUGGUUCCCAUACAUAUCAAUGUAGUCACAGAAGAAAGACUUUACACCUCAUGGUCCACCCAUCCGAGUCCAGAGCCACCAUUCAUCAAUGGCACCUUUGGAAUCACUGCAGGGAAGAAGGCACUUAAUCGUCUUCACUAUUGGCUGGCCAGACAAGGCUAUUCUCAAGUCUAUGUUGACCAAGUGGACUACAAUACAGUGUCCAUCACUAGACACAAGCCACAGAGUCACGAAUCAGUUGUCUUGAUUGCCAGAACCUCUUUCUCUCACCCUGGCAACCCAUUGGAGCAAGGAUACAUCAAGAAUAUCAGUGUUCAAGGUAUGGUAGAUGAAAUAAUCCUGGAGGGGCGAUUGCACAAGUCCUCUCAGUUUGAGUACAAGCGUAAUAGUGACUACAUCAAUGGACUGCCUGACUAUUAUCUUCAACUGCGAGAGCACUUCCCUGUGCAUGAGAGUCAGGUGAUCAGAACCAGAAGUCUAGACGAUGGCCAGGCCACAGAGAUUUCUUUCUUCAACAUGACACCUGGAUCAGUUGUGGCGAUCAAGUGCUCUUUGCCAGAGGUAGCCAGGGGGGCUAUACUAGAAAUACGAAGAGGUCUCGGUCACUUUGGUUAUAUGCUGCGUUCAUAUAGUGGGAAUACAAUGUUCAGUGAUGCUGAGGACUCCAGCUUCCGUGGUAUCGUUUCUAAGCUGAACUUUGCUGACCUAAAUCGAUGCCUGUAUAGGAUAGAUCAGGAAGAGAGAGAUGACUGCUACGGGUUUGGUGCCUAUAAUGUACCCAACAGUGGUAACCUGGUCUACUGUGGAAUCAAAGGUGUAAUGUCUCUGUUGAGUGUCAUCAGACCAACAAAUGACCUUGGCCACCCCCUGUGCUGCAACUUGAGAGAUGGCAACUGGCUGCCAGAUUAUCUAGCCAAUCGUCUCAAAGUGCAUUCUGGUCUUGAAAACCUGGCCAAAUGGUUUCAGUCCAUAUUUAAACACUUGGAGAAGAUGCCUCGCUAUCUGAUUCCGUGCUACUUUGAUGCUAUUCUGACUGGGGCAGAUAUUGUUCUGUCUGAAGCAGCAAAAGAUCUGAUGUCUGAUUUUGUCAGAGAUGGUUCCAAUUUUGUAAAAAUGCUGAGCUUGACAGCUUACCAGCUUGUGGGCUACACUUGUCAAGCCAGGCUUCCAUUUCUGUCUCCAAAGCUUGUCCCUCGUCCAAGGCAGGAGUUUAACAAUAAAACAAAACAGUUGGAAGAGGCUGCGCUGUCUAUGUCUGCAGGUUUCCCACAUUUUGGUGGAGGUUACAUGAGAAACUGGGGAAGAGAUACAUUUAUCUCCCUUCGUGGUCUGUUGCUAGUCACUGGACAGUAUGAACUGGCCAGGCACAUAAUUUUAGGUUAUGCUGGAACACUCCGUCAUGGUCUGAUUCCCAACUUACUGAAUGAAGGAACAGGGGCAAGGUUCAAUGCCAGGGAUGCUGUGUGGUAUUGGCUGAUAGCCAUUAGAGACUUUUGCCAGCAGGUCAAGGAUGGAUAUAACAUUUUAAAGGAUCCUGUCAGUCGCUUGUUUCCAACAGACGAUUCUCCUUCUCUUAGACCUGGUGAACAUGAUCAGCCUUUAUAUGAAGUAAUGCAGGAAGCUUUGAAUCGACACGCACAGGGUGUUUCCUUCCGAGAGAGAAAUGCCGGAGUACAGAUAGAUGAUCAGAUGACAGAUCUAGGAUUCAAUGUCCAGGUAGGAAUAGAUUGGUCCACUGGUUUUGUGUUUGGUGGCAAUGAACACAACUGUGGAACAUGGAUGGACAAGAUGGGCAGCUCAGCUAAAGCUGGGAACAAAGGGAAACCAGCGACGCCAAGAGAUGGUUCAGCAGUAGAGCUAGUUGGCAUGUGUGCAGGAGUUGUGCAAUGGUUGGCCAGUGCCAAUGAGAAGAAAUUGUAUCCUUAUGAUGGGGUGGAAUGUCUUCAGAAUGGCAAGAAGGAGAAAGUAACCUAUAAAGCCUGGUUUGAGAAAAUCAAAGCCAACUUUGAGAAAUGUUAUUUCAUUGCUGAAAAGGCUGACCCAAACAAUGAGCCACGGCCAGAUCUUAUUAACAGAAGAGGCAUAUACAAAGACACACUGAACGCAUCAUUUUGCUGGACUGAUUAUCAACUCAGAUGUAACUUCCCAGUAGCCAUGAUGGCAUGUCCAGAUUUGUUCACAACAGAAAAAGCUUGGAAGGCACUGACCAUGGCAGAGAAAAUCUUGAUGGGUCCUCUAGGAAUGAAAACUUUAGAUCCUAGUGACUACAGCUACAGGGGAGACUACUUCAAUGACAAUGACACCACUGAUAUGUAUGUAGCCAAUGGCUGGAACUACCACCAAGGACCAGAAUGGGUCUGGCCGGUUGGAUUUUUCCUCAGAGCAAAGUUACAUUUCGCCCACAAGUUGGAGUCUAAAAAUCCUGGCAUUCUGAACCAAACUAAGCUGUAUAUCAAUUCUGUGCUCUGCAAACACUAUGAAGAAAUUUUAUCCAACCCAUGGAGAGGUUUACCAGAGUUGACCAACUCUAAUGGCCAGUACUGCCCAGGAAGCUGUCGAACACAAGCUUGGAGUUCUGCCACAAUCCUAGAGACAUUACAUGACAUGGCCAAACUAGAGGAAUGAGUUGGGUUUUAGAAACAAGACUUUCUAGUGAUAUUGGACUGGACCUGACUUUUUGCUGUGUUUCCUGUUCUGCCCAGUCUCCUGAAUCUUGUUUAAAUUUUGUCUGUAAACACUGGUAUUAGAGCUUUAACAUUGACUAGGUUUUAAAAAAUCAAAAUAAAUUUAGUUUUUCUUAGUUGUUUUGAUAAAACUCUAAGAAAGUUUUUUUAUACAUUAAUGUCUUUUAAUCAGCAUCUCAUCAUUGUGUUUCAUGAAAUAAAUUUUCUCCGAAUGUACUUUGCAAAAUAAUAUGACCCUAUUAGUUGCCAUAUAGCAGUGAGAUUUAUUGCUAGAUUUUUAACGUCACUGUUUACCAAACUAUGUGCCUGUGUGUGAUUGUCCUGACUGUAUUUGCUUGGACUCACUUCCUCCACACCGCUAGCAGUUGUCUGGAUUGCGGAUUAUGUUAACCUGUGUUUUUAGGGAUGGCUGUGCAAGAUGUGUGAAAAUGUGACUUUCAAUCCCUGCCCAUUCCAAAUGGUAGAUUUAUACAUUUGUACUGUUGUCUUUCUUAAUGCAUUAUAAAUUGAAUUAAUUUGUUGAAAAUACUUAAUCUAAUAACACAUAUGUUUAGAUAUUUAAGAACAAUGUCUUUUUUUUUUUAAUUCAUAUGUAUGUUAUGAGUGAAGUAAAAUAAUGUGAAUGAUUAGUGGUUGUUAAUCUACUUAGUAUGUUAUUAGUCUACUAUGUAUUACACAGUAUCACAAAAUUCUGUGCUGGACUCACUUUGUGCAUAACAAAUGGCAUUUAUUUAUUUUUUUUAUUUACAUUACAGUCAUUGUACCUCCCUACAGCCAAUGUAUAGGCUUGUCUUUAAUAUAAUGAAAACUAUACAAAUGAAUCAAUCAUUAUUACUAUGUUUAGCAAAGACUGUUUUGAUUCGAUGGCUUGUAAAAUGUACCUCACAUUUAAUCAGACAUGUACUCUUUGUAUAAUUGAGCUGUCUAUUGUUGAUCUAGUUGGAUAAUUAAUUUCAGUUUUGGUUUUAUUAUCUGAGUGUUCAAACACAAUUUUCUUGAAUCUUGGUGAAACAUCUCAUUUUGAGCUAGCUGUGAGGUCACAUUGUGAUUACAUUCAGGAAAUCUUACUUUUUUUUUUUUUUCUUUCAUUGUGGUAAUGAAUUUUAUAUGUCCUCUCUUAAAAUAUAAUCAAUUGGUUUUCUGAUAAUGUAUAGUCAGUAAAGUCCUUGGCUUCCUUUCUAAAGCGGUCUUGAAUCUCUAUGGAGGCUGGAAUUUUGUAACUCGCGACCACAGAAUUGUAAUGAAUACGUGAUAUUGGUUUGGGAAAGUAGAAUUGGUUGGCCGCUUCUAACUAAAGCUAUAAUUGAGUGUAGCCUCUCUGUUCAUAUCCUAACUUUUCUUCUCAGCAGUUUCAAUAUUUUAGUGAUUAGCCUCAAGAUCUUCCCAAUGACAAAUAUUUCAGUGCUAUCAAAGAAAAUACAUUUCAAGUCUGUGAUAACAAAAUGUGAGGUCUGCAAUCAACUACUGCAAUCAACUACUCAGCAUAGCCCAUGUAUCGGAAACCUUUCAUAGCAUAGCCUGCACAUCACAUUAGAAGUUUCUCAAUGUCAUUUUUAGUGAUAAAACUUGGUAAUAUUGAGAUAUGAGAUAUAUUUUUAUUGUGAUUUCAUAUUUAUUUGUUGACCGAACCUCAUUACCAUCAGCACCCCCCCCCCCCUGCCCCAAGCACCCUUUUCCUUUUUUUUUUUAAAUUUUGUUUCAAAGCCUUUUUUUUUCAAUUAUUGAAUUUUAUACUGAACAAUUUAAGGUGGUGCGCUUUAUGGAAAAAUUACAGUAAAAUAAUAGGAUUCUUUUUGUUAAAUUAAUAUACUUUAUAAUAAAUAUGUAUUUGUAUAUUAUGUUUUCGGACCAAUUAUUUUUUUUCUACUAACUAUUAUUGAAUAUUGUGUUUAUUGACUAGUCUUUAAACAUAUUGUUUUUUCUAUGUCUAAUUAAAUAAUUAAAUGACUAAUUGAAUAAGAACUAUGUCACUUGGGAUUGCAAUAUUUUCUAACAUUUGUUGAACUUUCAAUCAGCCAUUGCUUCAGAGUGUGUUAGUUUUUCUUAGAAUUGUGAAGCAUGCUGUUUUGUUACGAAGUAUAUAAUCCAUGCCCUGAAGUAUUACAUUAGGAAACAAAGACUUGUUGCAUUGUUGUGUAUCAGAUUUUUGUUUUUAUAGAGCUGGACUUUUCUUUCUUUUUGGGUGACAAAUAAAUACAGUAUUGUUUA